AUGUGAGCUGCGACGAAUGGGCCUUCUCUCUACUGCCUCUUGAUGUGGAUCUGCUGAGCAUGGAACUACCAGAAUUUUUCAGGGAUUACUUUCUGAUUGAUAGCGCCUCAGUGCCCAGCUUAGAAGAGCUGAACCAGUUCAGGCAACAUGUGGCAACUUUGAGGGAAACAAAGGCUUCUAGGCGUGCGGAGUUUGUCAGUAUAAAGAGACAGAUCAUACUGUGUAUGGAGGAAUUAGACCGCACCCCAGACACAAGCUUUGAAAGAGAUGUGGUGUGUGAAGACGAAGAUGCCUUUUGCUUGUCUUUGGAGAAUAUUGCAACACUACAGAAGUUGCUACGGCAGCUAGAAAUGCAGAAAUUACAAAAUGAAGCAGUGUGUGAGGCUCUGCGCACUCAAAUCCGAGAGCUCUGGGACAGACUGCAAAUACCUGAAGAAGAGAGAGAAACUGUGGCCACCAUUAUGUCUGGGUCAAAAGCCAAGGCUCGGAAAGCGCUGCAAUUAGAAGUGGAUCGGUUGGAAGAACGAAAAAUGCAAAACCUGAAGAAACUGAUUGAGGCAACUCGAGUGAAGCUGGUUCAGUACUGGGACCAGUGCUUUUACAGCCAGGAGCAGAGACAAGCCUUUGCCCCUUUCCAUGCUGAGGAGUACACAGAAAAUCUUCUACAACUCCAUGAUGCUGAGAUUGUGCAGUUAAGAAACUAUUAUGAAGCUCACAGGGAACUCUUUGAAGAUGUCCGGAAGUGGGAAGAAAGCUGGAGGCUUUUCUUAGAGUUUGAGGUACUGCCCUAGUUUAUGUGUUUUUGUUUCAGCUGUUUUUUUAGAGACGGAAUCUUGCUCUGUCACUCAGGCUG